ACUUAUGCGACUCUUGCAAAACUCAGUUUACAAUGUGCAUUCAUGGCUUUGAGAUAAGUGAAUUUUGACUUGACGAUUUAUAUCGCCAGUUCAUCAGUUAGUAUUAAAAGUAGAAAAAGAAAUUUGAGGAAGAAUCCAGACUUGGACUUGCUGCGGAGGCUACGCUACCACUAUUCCAUGGUUUACAUUUCUGAAAUUUUCCAUUGUACUUGUCUGCGUACAGGAAAACGUGGUUUGGUGCUAAAAAUAUUACAGCGGCUAAAAAUAUUAUAGAAGGGAGGGGAUUGAAUCAGUGUCCAGGUUGUGAGAAACGGGAUCUCGGGAAACUUUCCAUUUAUCCCAAAACGGGGUCAGUCUCUUUCUCAUCGUCCUACCGUCUGCUCGCACACUUUAAAAGGCUACAGAUAUUUGCAUUGUUGCGAAACUAUUGGAUCUGAUCCUGCAUAUUAAAAUUUUGAAGUUAUACUAGAAAUAAUAAUUCUCAAAGUUUUCAAAUAAAGUCAAAAUGACAACGGUUGUAACUGAAGUUUACGCUAUUGAAGUGAAAAUCGGAGCAAGUCCUCGAGAAACAAAGUUAUCAAAAUACAAUGAAAAUUAUGCCGAGACAACGCAAGGGCUGCGAGAUGCUUUUAAAUCAGGAAGAACCUUGUCUUACGGCUACAGAUUGGACCAGCUAAAAAAUCUGCAAAGAUUGGUCUCAGAACGUUCGAGCGAACUUGUUGAUGUCUUAUACAAGGAUUUACGAAAGCCAAAAAUGGAAGCUUCUGGAGAGCUGGUUGGGGUGGAAGUGGAAAUAAACGAAGCCAUCCGAUGUCUGCAAACAUGGAUGACGCCAGAACAGCUACCCAACAACCUCUUGUUCCCCAACGACAAAGCCUACAUAAAGCCAGAUCCUUACGGCUUGGUUUUAAUUCUGGGUGCCUGGAACUAUCCAGUCGCCUUGACUCUCCAGCCACUCGUUGGAGCAAUAUCGGCCGGAAACUGCGCCAUCGUCAAGCCCUCAGAGAUAGCACCCUUCACUGCUGCCAAGAUUGCAGAGCUCGUUCCAAAAUAUUUGGAUCCUAAAUGUUUCAGAGUAAUCGAGGGCGAUGUGGAUGACACAAAAAAAUUGUUGAAACAACGCUUUGAUUACAUAUUUUGUACUUCUUCCACUCGUGUUGGAAAACACGUCAUGAUGGCUGCGGCUGAAAAUCUUACCGGAGUAACACUGGAAUUAGGAGGAAAAAGCCCUGUCUACGUUCAUGAUUCUGCUGAUUUGGAUCUCUCCUUGAAGCGAAUUUUGUGGGGGAAGUUGCUAAAUAUGGGUCAGACUUGCAUAGCACCCGAUUACAUCAUUUGUUCCAAAAAAGUGCAAGAUUACUUUGUCACCCAUGCGAAAACCAUUCUCGAAAAGUGGUAUGGACCAAGCAUGAAGGAAAGCAUGGACAUUUGCAGAAUAAUUAAUUCGUAUCACUUCGAUCGGCUCAAGAAAUUGUUGGUGGAAACAAGAGGAGGAAUUGUCCUUGGUGGAGAGUUCGACUCGAACGAUCUCUGGAUAUCUCCAACCUUUGUCGUUAACGUGGAAGACAACGAUGUAUUGAUGGAGGAUGAAAUAUUUGGCCCUAUUUUACCAUUUGUGAACGCCGAGACUCCGUUAGAAGCCUUAAACUAUUUAAAUGCCAAGACAGCUAAACCACUCGUAAUCUACCUAUUUUCACAAAACAAAUCCGUCAACAAACAAUUUCUUGAGCUUACAACCAGUGGAAGUCUCUCGAUCAAUGAAGUUAUCCUUCACUGUGGCUGGCACGGAUUGCCUUUCGGUGGCGUCCAGGAAAGUGGGAUGGGAAGUUAUCAUGGAAAGUACAGCUUUGACUGUUUUUCUCACCGGAAGAGUUGUCUCGCACGAGAUUUCUCCUUUGUGACAGAAAAACUCUCUGCGAUUCGAUACCCACCGUACAACCGGACGGAGCUCAAGAUUAAAUUUCUAUCGACCAUGCUGCGACGCCUGCACCUUUUCAAGCUCUCUUUUUCCUUCACACCAUCGCACCUCGUAAUUUUCCUUUUGGGUCUGCUCGUCAUGUUUGCCAGCACUACGUUGCUUGCUAAAUAUCAGAGUUAAUUAGAUUUCAUGACAAUUUGAUCAUUCCAUGCAGCCCAUUAUAAUAAUUAUGAAUAUGGAACUUCCAGCCCCUUUCUAGCAUUUCUGUAAUAAUUCAAUAAUGACAAUAAUAUUUUUGAGUUCAAAAAUAAGUUCAAAGGACCUUCGAAGACAAUAAAAUACGGACUUCUUGUAGUUACAAACAUA